GUACGUACAGUUCAUUACGCGGUAUCUGUACUCGUACUCACAAUGCACAGCACAAUCAUCAGUUUCAGCAAAUUCAGCGUAAUUCGUAGGAUAACCGAGUCCGAAGCUAGUCAGGAUCACUAAUAUUUGCCAAAUCGUUCACGAUGGAAGCAGAAAAUGCGAGAAGAAACUUGAGGGAUUUCUUGUCGAUGUACAACCAGUUUACAGAGACCUGUUUCACAAGAUGUGUUCAGAAUCUAAACUACAGGGUUCUUACACCUAUGGAGGAGUCUUGCACCAGUAAAUGUAUCUCCAAACUGAUUAAUGUGAAUCACAGAGAGAUUUCAGUUUACAUGGAAAUCAAUCCAUUGAAUAGAAGAUUAAAUCAAAUGAACUCUGAAGAACAAGGCCUUCAACCAGAAACCCCUGACCUUGCACAAGAAGUAGAAAAGGCUCUUGGGAACGAUACCAUGGCAACAUCACAGAGUGAGCCUGUAUCAGAUGAAUCUUCCCAGAUUGCAUUCAACUCUACAGUAACUCGUGAUGUCAACCAAGGAGCAGAUAAUAUGACAUCAGUUGAGACUGCCAAAACAUGAUGAAAGCUUGCCAUCACAGGACUAUUUUGGAUUUUCUUUUAGGACUAAUGAACUGACUAGACUUUUAUACGCAGGCAACUCUGACCUAUCUCAUGCCUUGAAGGACAUUCCACAGUUAAAAUGAAGUCCAUGCCAUUUUCACCAAAUUUUACAGAGUUACUGUGGUAUCUAUGCAUUAUGAAAAUGCAAAAACUAAUAUAGGUUCAUGUGCUUAUUUUUUUUCUACGGGACUUCAAAGUUGCCAUAUUUGAAUGAUAUGAAAUGUUGCGCAAUCAUGAGAAUUAUGCCUCUCUUAGACUUCACCAAGUGAGUUUUAAAUCAUCAAAUUUUCAAGAUAUAUUUAAACAAAGUGUAUACCAAAGUAAGAAAAGGUCUUUUAAUUGGUAAAACUAUAUAUAUUUGGAGUCAGCAGCGCCCUCAUUGGCAAGAGGUGCAAAAACUCGGAAAAAACAAAUCUUCGAAGAUGUGAAUCUACUCAAAAAUUUUAAAAGUAUUUUAUAAGCUGCACUUUUUUCAAGAUCCAUGUCAUUUUUAAUUUUUAUCAAAUUCGGCUAACUGGAGGAAUGUAUAUUAAAGAUGUA